AUGGCUUCCUUGAAGCAGUUCAUUCGGAAUGUGCGCGCUGCCAAAACCAUCGCCGACGAGCGUGCCGUCGUGCAGAAAGAGAGUGCGGCUAUCCGCGCCAGCUUCAGGGAGGAAAGCCACGAUUCAAACGUGCGGAGGAACAAUGUCGCAAAGCUACUCUAUCUCUUCACGCUGGGUGAGAGGACGCACUUUGGUCAGAUUGAAUGCCUGAAGCUAUUGGCCUCUCCACGUUUUGCGGACAAGCGGUUAGGAUACCUGGGGACAAUGCUGUUACUCGACGAGAACCAGGAAGUCUUGACUCUGGUGACCAAUUCACUAAAGAACGAUCUCAAUCAUGCCAACCAAUACAUUGUCGGCCUCGCCCUCUGCACCCUCGGAAACAUUGCAUCCGUGGAGAUGGCGCGAGAUCUGUUCCCGGAGGUCGAAACCAUCAUCUCGAGCGCCAACCCAUACAUUCGCCGCAAAGCCGCAAUCUGCGCCAUGAGGAUAUGUCGGAAAGUGCCCGAUCUGCAGGAGCAUUUCCUAGAGAAGGCCAAGUUGUUGUUGCAAGAUCGCAACCACGGCGUCUUAUUGUGUGGCGUCACCCUGGUAGAGAACCUGUGCGAGGCAGACGAAGCAGAGGAUGACGAGAAUGGCGUAAGGGACAUCUUCAGGCCUCUCGUACCCAGCUUGGUCAAGAUACUCAAGGGCCUCUCUUCAUCUGGCUAUGCUCCUGAGCACGACGUGACAGGUAUCACGGAUCCAUUCCUGCAGUGCAAGUUGUUGCAGCUCCUACGAGUUCUGGCGCGCGGCGACGCUCAGGUCAGCGAACAAAUCAACGACAUCCUGGCCCAGGUUGCUACCAACACCGAUUCCUCGAAAAAUGUCGGCAACUCCAUCUUGUACGAAUCGGUCCUUACCAUCCUUGACAUCGAAGCCGAUUCCGGACUGCGCGUACUCGGCGUAAACAUCUUGGGAAAGUUCCUGUCAAACCGGGACAACAACAUCAGAUAUGUCGCUCUUAACACCCUGAUCAAGGUUGUUGCGGUCGAACCAAAUGCCGUACAGCGACAUCGGAACACUAUUCUGGACUGCUUACGGGACCCUGACAUCAGUAUCCGGAGAAGAGCGCUCGAUCUCAGUUUCACUCUGAUCAACGAGAGCAACGUACGAGUGCUCAUACGGGAGUUGCUAGCUUUCUUGGAGGUGGCUGACAACGAGUUCAAACCGGUGAUGACCUCCCAAAUUGGUGUUGCUGCUGACCGUUUCGCUCCAAACAAGAGGUGGCACGUGGACACCAUGCUACGCGUCUUGAAACUUGCUGGUAACUACGUGAAAGAGCAAAUACUCUCGUCCUUUGUCCGACUGAUCGCUACCACACCCGACCUCCAGACCUACUCUGUACAGAAGCUUUACGCUGCUCUGAAGGAAGAUAUCACACAAGAAGGACUCACCUUGGCUGGUUCUUGGGUGAUUGGAGAGUACGGAGACGCUCUACUAAGAGGUGGCCAAUAUGAAGAGGAGGAGCUUGUCAAAGAAAUCAAGGAGAGCGACGUCGUCGAUCUAUUUGAGACUAUCCUUGGCAGCAGCUAUGCCGGCCUGAUCGUCCAGCAAUACAUUGUCACGGCCUCGAUGAAGUUGACCACACGAUUGAGCGAUCCUGCUCAGAUCGAGCGCUUACGGCGAUUGCUGCAACGAUAUGCUGCAAACCUGGACGUGGAGAUUCAGCAACGUGCGGCCGAGUAUGGAAACUUGUUCGGCCAUGACCAAAUCAGGAGAGGUGUUCUUGAGAAGAUGCCACCACCAGAGAUUCGCGAGGAGUCCCGCGUACUGGGUGAAGCGACCAAGAAGCGGCAAUCGAAGAUCGCGAAGAAGAAGCCCGCGCAGGCUGCAACCGAGGACUUGCUACUGGACCUCAUGGGCGACUCUGGUCCAUCUGCCGGUGUGAAUGGCGCUGCCAACGGAACUCAGCAAAGUCAGGAUCUCCUCGCAGACAUCAUGGGUGGAGCAUCGUCACCACCCCAGACAACGUCUCCAGCACCACAGUCAAACGUCGCAAACAUCAUGGACCUCUUCAAUUCCGGCCCUAGCAGCUCCCCCGCCCCAGCACAGUCUGCCGCACCGCCACAAGCAGGCUCUAUGGACCUUCUUGGUGGACUCGGUGGUAUGUCAUCGCCGCCGCCACAGACUUCGACUCCUCCUGUGGCAUCUGGUCCACCUGCACAUCCGGUAUAUAACAAGAAUGACCUCCAGAUCGCCUUCCAGCUUAAGCGCGACGCCAAUGCAGUGCAGCUUCUUGCUCGAUUCCGGAAUACAGGAAGCUUCGGUCAGCUCUCAGGUGUCAACCUACAGGCUGCUGUGCCGAAGAGCCAAAAACUGCAGCUUCAACCUAUCAGCACGAGUGAGCUGGAGGGAGGACAGGACGCGACCCAGCAAAUGAGGGUCACAGCCGUCAAUGGUCCGCCGCCACCAAGACUAAAGCUUCGACUAAAGAUCAGUUAUUCAAGCGGUGCGGGUCCAGUAACAGAGCAGGUCGAUUGGGCAGAGCCGACAUGAUCUUAUGGCCAUGUUU